GCCUCUCAAGAACUACAUCUUGAUAACGUGCAACGUCUUCAAGAAGCGAUCUUAGCUAUCGAGAUCGUAACGAAGAAGCUGGAGAGAACCCUUUUUGAGUUUGCCUCAACGAUGGAUGACGAAGCCCUCUGUCAGGGGGAAGAAGCGGAAGAAUUCGAUACGUAUUCCAUCAAAGGAGACACAACCUUGUCUGGGGCGUUUCAUUUCGCUGUAAUACUGCAGGCAAAACUUCGAGCUUCACUUCUACUCCACUAUUCUCACAACAUUGUGCUUCUCAAUGCUUUAUCUUUAGGUAUGCUUACAUUCUCGAGGGUCGAAGCCAGCGUCGUCAGCAUAAAAAGAGGGACGAGCCAAGGAUGGGGUCAGUAUCGUGCCACUCGGGCAGUGGCUUGUGUCACGGAAAGGGCGAGCAAGAACAGACAAGAUCAAGAACUGGGUCAAGAAGCAUACACCAUAAAACUGGUGCAUCGGCUCAUUAAGGACAAGAGCUAUUUCAAGCUGAGAAAAGAGGAAAGGACCAGCGCCUCUCAAGAACUACAUCUUGAUAACGUGCAACGUCUUCAAGAAGCGAUCUUAGCUAUCGAGAUCGUAACGAACAAGCUGGAGAGAACCCUUUUUGAGUUUGCCUCAACGAUGGAUGACGAAGCCCUCUGUCAGGGGGAAGAAGCGGAAGAAUUCGAUACGUAUUCCAUCAAAGUAGACACAACCUUGUCUGGGGCGUUUCAUUUCGCUGUAAUACUGCAGGCAAAACUUCGAGCUUCACUUCUACUC